UGGCGGCGCGGCCCGCCGCGCGUGCUUAUUUUCAAGCGCGAUGAGGCGUUCCCGGAGGAGAAAGGCGCGCGCGGUGCGCCCGCUGGCCAAUAGCCGCGGGCGGCGAGGAUGGGCGCGGCCGCUGGCCAAUGGUAAUGCGGACAUCCGGGCCGCGGUCCAAUGGCGAUACGCGGGGGGCGGGCCCCGCGCCCGAACGCUUGGCGGGAGGUGAUGGCGCUGCGGCAGCGGCUGCAGAAGUUGUUCCAGGAGCCGCAGCCCGUCGGGGCCAUUGUGCUGGAGCGGGCGCCUGCCCCCGCCGCUGCCGCCUGGGCCUCGCUGUCCGUGCCGCCGCCGCCCCCGCCGUCGCCCCCGCCGUCGCCCCCGCCGUCGUCCCCACCGUCGCCCCCGCCGUCGUCGCCCCCGCCGUCCUCUUCCUUGCCGCCGGCCGCGGAGCCGGCAUCGCCGCCGCGGCGGCAGGGGCCGCUGCCGGAGGAGUGCGCCGUGUUCCACUGCCGGAGCUGCUGGACGGUGCUGGGAGACUCGCUGCAGCUGUGCGGGCGGGAGCCGCCGGAGCUCAGCGUCCUCGUCUGCUUCAGAGUCACCAGCGAUGUGACCUGGGAGGACUCGCUGCUGAUCGGCCUCGAGGGCGCCCUGCUGGGAUGUGCUUAUUAUUUAUUAUUGUGUCGGUCCUGUGGCUUGGCUGUGGGCUUCAUUCUUUACUCUUCUGGCAGUGACCUGGCGCACCUCCGGGACUUGUUCUGUUUCUUCAAGGACAGCAUCAUGUGUUACCUCUUAAAAAAUCAAACGAUUAUAGAAGCUUCUAAGAUUAAUUUUCCAGCUGUGACCUUAAAGGAAAACAUGCAGAAAAUGAAAGAAAAGCUUGUGGAGUUAAGUGGUCGUGUCGAAUUAUUGACAAGGAAGCUGGAUAAAAUAAUUAUGUAACAAAAGAAUGGCAAAACUCUUCAACAGAUCCUUACUGAUAAUUUACUAUCAAGAUAUGCAAGAGUUAAUGCCAACUAAUACCCAUUUUCAAGAACUGCUGGAGCUGUUUCUGCAUCUCUGCUGAGUUUGGUCAUUACGAAGAAAUAAUGCACCAGACCAGGUGUGAGUAUUGAUCUGUCGCUUCAUCUGUGUGUGGAAAGAACUGAUGAUGAAGUGCCUCCCUUCAGGAGGAGAAUCUGACAUACUGAAGUUAUGCUUGGAAGACUGAAUAGCUCACCCAUGCAGCAUGUUACUCUCUGAAGCUCUGUAAAUAUAACUUUGGUUUUUCUAAUGACUUCAAGGGGAAAACCAGCCUUUGAAAUAAUAAAGUCAGGUUUCUGGAGCUAUGUAAAACAUACUUAACAAGGUGAUACUAUUCAAGAGCCACCAUUACAAACUGAACAUUCUUAAAAACCUAAAGCUCCUGUCCUACCUUUUCAUACAGACACAUUGUUAAUGGCAGUCUUGGUUUUAAUGGCAGCUACAUUUGGGUCAGCUACAUUAGCUACAUCUGAUGGAUAUGUGAGCCACUGCUAAAUGGACUCCUGAAUAGUUCUGAGAUUUGCUUGUAUGCAUUGCUUGCAAAAGCAGCAGACGAGCACAUCACAGAUGCUGCAGUGUUCUUAGAGCAUGAGUCUGGAUGGCACCAUGGAGGCAGAGCACAAGGUUUUGAAUUUCAGGUAAAGGGCAACCCCAGUGCCUUCCAAGUCUGCUGAAGUGCAGCCCCAGGAACAGGACUGAGUCAAAUUUUGCCAGCUAAGGCUGUGAGCAACUGAGCGUUUCUUUCUGGAAUGUUAACUAGGAAACCAAGGAACAGUCUUCUGCACAAUCAUGGAAGCACUGCUUUCCUGAAGUUAUGAUUGCCUGGCCAGUUAGGAUGUUUCAUAAAAAAUACCUACUCAUGGCCCAUUGGCAUCGCUCUCUACUGAAAAUUGGUUCUGCUUAUUUCCACAUAUUUAGAAAAUAAUUUUACAGAAAAGAAAGCACUACUUACCCUUUGUUACUGGGACAGAAUAUCCCUAAUUCUUGGUUUUGGAAGAUUAAGGUCCCUUUUCAUCUCCCCUAUGCUGCCUAAAGGGCUAAUGUUUGUUCUCAAAGGGAUAAUGAAUUUAUGGAAAGUUAGUAGUUUUCUGUAGUAGUCUGGAGAGGAUUCUGUUUACUUGAUCAGCUUAAUUCCAGUGAUGCAAAUUGCUUUCUCCUUCCGUGUAUAUGACCAGCAGGUUGCAGAUCUCAUUGCUGCUGCUGCCAGUUCUGUGUUUUGUCUUAUUUGUAAAAUAACUCUGCUUGGAGCACAGGGGACAAAAUUCACUGAGGUAAGGCACCUCAGAGGUUUUAGGUGGGCAACUGGUACUUAGGCUACUACUAAUGUUCACUGUGCUGCUGUCUGUUUGGCAGUUUUUAUGGUCUCAGUCAUAAGCAAAACAAUAGAGUAUCAACAGUUGUUCUGCAAGGAGAGGGGGGACUCUCACAAAUUCUAAUACUACCUUUGUAGUACUUCCUUAGUGCUUGUGUUGUUGCAUGAGUCUAAGAAAUGUGAUUGAUGAUGGGACUGUUUGCUUUUGCCCUUUCAUUCUAGUUUCUGCAUUGAGACUGUUUCUUGCUAUUUUAUGUCUGUAUUAUGAAUAAUGCUAAAUUGUUUUGCUUCCUUAGUACUGAUCCCUAAAAGAAAAAAAAGCUGUCAGUUACAUUUUUGUAUUAUAUUUAAAGUUGUGAAGAAAGAACUUCUUAAAUAAAAGCUGAAACUCAGAAAUUCAUAUGGUCCAAAUCACUGCCAUUGUUAUGUGAGUCCUAGGCCUACUUUUUUUCCUUUGAUUAUUUUGCAGGAAAAAAAAUCACUUUAUCUUGCUUGGGUCCUCAUUUGUUAUGAAGCAUUAAAGUAUUGGUUCCACAAAUUAUAUUACAUAGCAUGGAUUUAAAUAUAUAAUGAGUAUGUGCUGAAGAAUAGCUGGUAAAUUUUUAAACUGAAUUUCUGUAAUCUUUGAAAUUGGGAGGACCUCCACCAACCACAGAAGAAACUUUUUGGAAGCACAGUCACCAAAACAAUAAACAAUACGUCCAUAAAACAAUCUUCUGAGGGGUCUCAUUACUUUUAGGCAAUCAAUACAAGAAGCAGAGAGUUUCUGCUACUCUCUGAAACACCCCUUGAAGAGAUUGAAGUUAUGCAUCUUAGAAUGAGUGGAAUAACAAUUUUUGUUUAGCUGCUGUUUAAGUCAGAAGCUCUUGUGCCUGAAGUCUGCUGCCCCCAAAGCAGAUAUCCAGCAUAAAGGAGAGAAAGCUCGAGUUGUUAAGUUUUGACAAAGCUACAGCAAGUAGACCUCAGAAGUGGAGUGGAAUGUACAGUAAUUUGGUUAAUUUGUCUUCUGAACAGAUGACGCAUCCAGUUUUAGUGCAUUCUCAGCCUGUGCUGCUUUAUUGCUAAAAAAGUUUGUAUACAGGUGCAGAGUUUCCAGGUUCAUUUUUAAACAGUUCCUCUUUACAGUGUCAAAAUAAUAAAAUCUUAUCUUGAAAUCCUCAAAGAUGCAUAGAUAUAAAAGCAAGCUGCCUUUUGGAGAAAAUCAGAAUUUGCAGGGAGACAUUCUUUCACUGUUACCAUGUAAAACGUGUGCAAUGGGAGUACAUAGUUUGUAGUCACACCAAUAAUUCCCUCCACUAAUCCAUGCAAGAAUGCUAUCAGAAGUUCAGUAUAAGUAUUCUUUAGCCUAUUAAGUACUAAGGUAAUUUUUAGGAAUUUAUACCUAAUACUUUUCCUUUGCUGUUAUAUUUUUCAAAUCAAAAGGAAAAUCACUGAUAUCCUGAAGUAGCUUAUUCCCCAAGUUAUACUGAAGGGAAAUACAAAGGAUACAAUGGCUUACUCAUUACAAUAUUUAACAGACUUUAAAACCAUGCAUAGUGUUCUAAAGAAUUAAAAAUGACCAUGGUUAACCACUGGGCGAACUUUGCCUUAGAAAUUUUCUUGUUUCUUGAAGAAGUUGGCUCAAAGACUUUCAUUCAGUCCUACUUGUGAUACCAUGGAAUAGUUACCUUCUCUUAUAAUAUUCAUAUCUCCAUUUGGCAAUCCUUACAUAUUUAAAAAGAGCAUUCAUGGGUAAAACCACAAUUCCCAUUCUAAACCCAAAACACAGUGCUUUAUGAAUGGUUGGCUAUGAAGUAUGAACAGGAGUUAACUUGACACACCUUUUCUUCCAAGACACUUUCUGCUUAAGAGAGAGGACUGAGCCUCUGUACAUGGAGAAGUGUUCUGCACAAGUUAAGCCCACUUACAAAAUUAAGCUAAGCUACAAGUAUGGAAUUCUGCAAUUACAAGCCAGUAUUCUGUAUGUUUAAUUACAGGUUUAAACUUGGAAAAGUAUUGGUGAUGUAGGCUAUGCCACACAUUCUCUUACUUUCAAACUGCUGGCAGAAAUUGACUGCAUUAUCCACUAAGACUUGAAUUACAGAGAACGCACCAAGAGUUUACAGAAAGAUGGCACCCAAAUUCCCUUUUAUCUAGUAAGUGAAAUAAAGAAAAAAAGACAAUUGCAACCUCUGUUGCAGCAGAUAAAGACCUUCAGUGAUUAAAUCUCAUUUUCUGUUUUUAAAAAUCUCUUUAAAGAACUUAAAAAAUAUACAAGAUUACCAGUAUUUUCAGGUUCAUUCCUGCAGAUGCCAUUAUUGCUGGCUAGUACCAGUAUGCUUCAGUACAGCUGCCUAUGUGGCUAGAGUUACCUGAAAAUACUGUCUCUUAAAAAGCUAUUCAACACCUGAAAAAUAUGUACUGUGCUUAUUAAUUUCAGUAUUCUCCAAAUAAUUUCUCUCACCACACUCAAGUUUAUUACCUACUGUCUGGCAAAUACUACACUCAAUUUGAGUCUGUGGUUUCUGUUACUCAUUUGUCAGCUUGGGUUUUGGGGUGAUUUUUUUGUGGGUUUGGUUUUUUUCCUUCCCACCAGUCGCUCCCCUGCACCAUGUAAGAAACUCUGCACCCUUUUCCUUGCUACAGCUGCAGCAGGUGAGAAACCUCAUCUCGCCUCUAAACAUGCUUAGUUCAUGCCCUGCUUUUUACAUGCUCAGGACAGUGAUAUGAACCAGACUAGAGGUUAUAAAGGCGAGUUCUGCUGACCCCAGUUCCUGAUUUACAGUUUUGGUGCCAUGCUUCUGUCCCUAUCUAUACAUUCUGCCCCCUUCUCUACAGAGGCAGCACAUUCUCUAAAAAAACCCAAAAUUUGAGAAUCAAAGCAGGAAGUUCAAGCUAUUGGUAUAUUAAUUCCUAUUGCUUCAUUAUGUAUAAAUGCAUAUCUCAAUUUACUGGUAAUAACUACAUUACACUAGACAUUUUGAAUCAUGCAUAAUUAGAAUACUAGCUCUAAGAUUUGGUUUGUGGGCCUGUGCCGCUUUCCUUCAGUUUCUCCAUGCAGUUCUUCAUGCCAAAGGCAUUGCAAACUACCUGCCUUUUAUUUGACCUGCAAACACACUCAUUUGGAGGGGAAGUGGAGAGAAGCAGACAGGAUUUACAUAGGACACACUGAACAGAAAGGUACCUUCUACCUUUAACUUUAGAUGGGGUAAAAGUCUUGGGAGUUUGUCUAUAUUAUAACCCGGUACACAGGCUCAGAGACAGAAACAUGCUCUGCUGACAUCACGAACACUGACACUUUCUCUAAAAUGCAGGAGGAAGUGUAGAGAUUGAAAGGGAACAGACAUCAGAAUCCAUGGUUAGUGCUGUGCACUGUUGAACAAGACACCCUGAUUCAACUGUUGGCUUUUGUGUGCCAGUCAAAGUGCUACAGGGACAAAAUGCUGGAUCAUUCCAUGAAAGAAAUCCAGUGGAAUCUAACUUGAAUUGUCAUUUUGCAGCUCUGUACCUGAUCAGCAAGCAGGAUUAUUAGUUUUGGAGGAAGACCAGCCAGUUUCCUAAGGGUACAAUAAGCAGUGAUUUCUAAGAUUUGUUAUACACCAAAAAUAGUUCUAUCUUCAGUAUUUUUUCCUUUUCUGCCCCCCAAAAAGCCAGACUGCCAGUUCUUGACAAUGUAAUCCUCAUGUAAAGUGUCAGUAUCCUCAAGCUCAGUACAAUUUGUUCCCACUUACUAUCAAGAAGUCUUUGCAAGACUUUCUUUCUUCUCAUAAAUUUGACAAAUACCCUCAGUUUCAGAAGGUACAUUUCCCAACACAAGUAGUGGCUAGACCUUCUGCAGCAGCACUACUGGAUAUACAAAGAGAACAUAUUUGUAUCAUCUGGGUUUAGUACUGCUUAGGAGGUAUGUCCAUACUGGUCAUUACACCUUUUGAUAUAGCACACCCAAGAGUGGCAGCACCUGACACUUCCACUUCAGUUUAGAAGCUGUUAAAUCAAGGAGGUUGAAGCAAAAGUCAUGUCACAGUACAAGAGCUGAAAGGCAAAGGGAUUCCUUUUGUUGCUGUGAAUAGUAAUUCCUAGUCUAGCAGCCCACAGAAUUCAGAUCCUUAUUAAAAGCCUGAACUGGGAAGUAUAUGCAGAUAGCUUGCCUGGCUAUGUGAGUCUUUUAUUUCCUCCCCUCUGUUCUGAGUGGAUAUACCCUUGAAGAAUUCUGUUCAGCCACAAAGGUGAUACUUCUGAAGCAUGAAUGUGACUUUGUUUUCAUUACAAUUUCAUUAUUAUGUAAAUGUAUUUGUCAAUCACAGACCACAUAAUUUCAUAAUUUCUCUAAUCAGAGAGCAAUCAAAUGAAGGUCCCCUAUGGCGAGCUUCCAAUUUUAUCAAAAAAUCAAUAGCUGGAAUUUAAGCUGAUUAUAAUCUUUCAGAUCAAUUAGUUUUCAUAAGCAUAUUACAUGUUAGCCAACACUUAAUUUAGACAGUCUCAUGCUUAUCCUGUUACUUUAUACUGCAAAAAUGCUCAUAGCCCUCACAGUUCCACUAUCUAUUUAUGAAGAGCCAAAGUGCUUCACCCCCACGCUUUAAUGGAGGCAAGAAGCCUCCAUUAAGCUGGAAGCUUACAGUCUAAAUUACUUCAGCUUUCCAGAAGAAAUGCAGCCAGACUGAUCUAAACCUCUGAUUAUGUUCAGAAUACACUACUAUAUGUUGGGGCUCACUGUGUCUUUGAUGAGGUACCUACACUGAAAAGUGCCAACUAGGAACAGUUUAGAACUCCUGUGGCUCUUUUAUGCAACCCUUUCAUAGCAAAUAAUUUUCUGGAUGCAGAUCUACAGGUGAAAAUCAAUAACCCUCUGUGUUACCAGAGGCUUCACAGUACUUUCUCCUGCAAAACUUCAGGCAUCAACUGAAAUCAAUUAUGGUCUGCAACAGUGUUUAGCAAAGCUGAAAUUAUUUUCUGCUGUGGCAUCUUUAGAUUCUACAGUUGUGCUUGGCAUGCACAAAUGUUUUGAGGGUCAAGCGCUCUCUAAUGUUUUGGGGUUUUUUAUUUAAAGACUACCUCAGAUUGGUCUUUAUAAUGGAAGAAAACAAAAAUCACUUCCCAUCACAAAGAACUUCUCACUUUAGAAUCAGGUUCUCUUCACAGUACAGUAUUUGGAAAAGUUUAGUUUCUCAGAGAAAUAGAGCAAGUGCUAGGCUACAGAGAAAGAAAAACUUCAGCUAUCCUUUCAAAGAGAACUGUCUGCCCUCCCCCCAGCACUCACUGACAGUGCUUCAGACAUGUGGCAAAGCUAAUUUUUCUUUUCUUUUUUUAAUAUAUGUAUCAAGUUCAUUAACUUAGUAUUCAAGUGCCAAAUUCCCUCCAAUGAGAGGAACAUAAGAAGAAUUCACCCUUCUUCUCAGGAAGACUCUUCACACAACUCCCUGCAGCACAGAGCGCCACAAACUUAUUUGGUUAUUACCCACUUACUCUACUGUACAGUCUUGCUAAUGCAAGUUAUUUACUAUCACAUGCAAAACAGUUAUUGCUACUAAAGUUCUAUUUUCUUAUUAAAUCAUCUUAUGGCUUUGUUUGCAUCAGGGAUUCUUCCCCCUACAUACUGUGCUAUUUUGCAUUCCAGUUUCAGAGGUAUUUUUCAAUUGAUUCUCCCAAGCACUAAACUACUUUAUUCAAUGGUACAGCUAUGUCCAUUUAGAAUUGAACCUGACUCUUAGCACAGGUCCCCCAGAGCUCUGCUGUAAAUGGCCCACCUGUCCAAUUUUCUCAGAAAUUCAUUAGAUGCAGAGGGUCGUUUGGUUGGUUUUGUUGGGGUUUUUUUUUCCCUGUUACAUACAUUAACUCUGCCUGGAUUACUGUCAUUGCACGGAAGUACAUGCUUCUUGAUUAAUUACUUUAAAGAUAUAUCGUACCAAAAUUACAAAACCAAGCUACCCAUUCCCUCCCUCCCCCUAAUGGCCAUUUACAGGCAGGUCUCAGGAAAAAAAGAUGCAGUAUCCUCUCUAAGCUGAAAGAGAGAAAUGGGUGAAGAGCAGCACUGGCAUCAAAUAAAAGACUUAUUCCUAGGAAAUCAGAGGAUGCCAUCCACAGAGCAAUGCACAUCUCAGAAUCAUACCAGUCUCCUAUUUGACCAGUCCAAGCUGUCCAUUGAGUGCUAAAUCAAUUUCACUUCCCUGGUCUAAACUUUCCUUCUGAAAAAAGCAGAGGGAGAGACAGAAAUCAUUAAAACUGAGCUUAGAGCUGGAAAGCAAAACUGGAAGUUACCUAAAACACAAGAUACUGAAUUCUCAAUAAUACAGGGGUGGGGAAUCUCUGAUCCAUUGGCUGGAGACAGCCUGCUGCACAGACACAGCCUGCAACAUCGUUUUCCAACGGCCUCUGACCUUAACGUAUUCUCUCUUAUUAAGAUGUAUGUAAAUGCAGGAUCCACCAAAGUUAUUUUAAGAUUCAAUAGGAUUUCAGCCAAAAAAGGUUCCCCAUUCCUGCAGUAAUGGAGGAAAGUCUUCUAUGCAUAAUUAGCAUAUCACAUUUUGCAACUAUUAACUUACCACACAAUGAGGAUAAUGUUUUGCUAGCUAUAAUAAUCAUAAAGUCAGAUGUGAAAAAAAGACAAGAUUACUUAACAGACUUUGUAAAUUAUCUGAAGAUAAGAGAUGUGUACAGAAUGCACACAAACUCCUUAGCAUAUUCAUACUUUUGUGAGUAUAUCACAGGAUGAGUAAUAGAUGGUUCAAUAAAAUUGAAAAUGGAAGAAAACACCAACAAAUAUUUAAAAGAAAAGAAUCACACCGAUAGGGAGGAGAAUUAUGGAUACUUGCAUACUCUAGCUUACUACUGCAGUUGGACAGACAGACAAAUAUCAAAAAGUCAACUAUGAUUCUAUGAAGCCCAUUAAGUGAAUGAGUUCCAUUUCUAAGGAUAGCAUUGCCAUUGUCAAAGGGAGGAUACUGCAUGUUUAGACCAUGUUUGUGACAUUCCUAUUGUAUCCUUUCUAGUGUUAAUUACAUUAUCAUCACUGUUUACUAAUAAAUUUGUCACUCAGAAAUUGUAAAAAUACUACUAGGCUCAUGCACUGGUCCUAACAUGGCACUACAGUUUGCUACAAAGCACUAAUGCUUAUGGAACUAUACACAUCUCAAAAUGGAAGACAUUGGUGAUUUUGUUGUUUUCAAACAACUUGUAACAUCAUUUUGUCCACAAGUAUUAAAAUAUAUAUAUGUAUAUAUAUAUAUAUGAGCUAUUGCACAUGCCCCUUGUUUUUGUAAUCUUUCACAUGGGAAGAUUUCCAACCAACACAAAGAAAAAGCGGAGCAAGGAAGAGUGAGUCAGAUGAAGCAGCAUUUCCAAACACAGCAGCUCUUUAAAGGUGCUGGCCAGGAAGGUACAGCAAAAGGGGGUCUUCUGGGCAUGCACUAUUGGAAUAUUAUUUCUGUGAAAGCCACAGAUCAGAUCCUUAAUCUAAUAAAAUCCUGAUGUUCUAAAAUUAAACUCAAAAACUAAUGCUGCUACACUGCCAUGAACAGGAGUUAGGAAAAAAAUCAGUAAUUCUACUUUUUUUGUUACAAUGCCAGGUUACAAAAUAUUGAGUUUAAGGAGCUUAGAUUAUCAACUCUCUAGUCAGGCAAAUUUGCAAUUUUUGUACAUGUCCACAGAAAACAAAAAUACCUUCCUGCCCCCAAGUAUUUUGUCAUCAAGCUGUGCAAGAAACAACUGCUAUCUCUAACAUCAGAUGGGUAAGUAUGGGCAGAAGAAAAUUCCCAGAUCUAAAAUCAGGCAUUUCUUAUACCACAUACUUCCCAACCACUGUAAUCCUAUGAUAUUGACAGUAUUUUCCAUCACUUAGAGAUGGAUCCUGCUUCUACAGACAUCUCCAUUAAAUCCUAUUGACUUCAACAUAAGGAGGCCCUAAAAUAAAGUGUGCUUUUCUAGUUGCCUCCAAUGCCAGAAAGCUCAGACCAUAUUCAGCAAAGUCAGGCCAAGCUGGUGGUUGCCUCAUCAAGCUCAAUGUUAACUCUUAUCACACAGCUCACCACAAUGUUACACACAAUUUUAGAGCACCUCUCUGCUCAUUGAAGUUGGCAUUAUUUUGAUAGGCAGUGUCUGUUCUUUGCUUCAUGGAAACACAAAAUGGGUAAAGCUGUCAUUAAAUCCUAUUGUUACAAAACAAGUCUAAACACAGACAUGACUUGGACAAUUAGGAUCAACAUCAACACUUGUCCUCACUCUGCUAUGGAACUUGGUCCCAUAAAAUGUCACCACAUUUUUCAUACUAGAAUGCUGCCCUGGCAAUCAAUCACCAAGAUUUAAGAAGGAUUUCAAUUGUUUGCUUUUUCAGCCAUUUUCAGGCUGUCUGGCUCUCUCCAGCAGUUUUCUAAAAGGAAAAACAGAACAAGAAAUCUAGAACACUUCCCCAACCAUUUUAGUAUCU